AUGGCGAUGCGGGAGCUUGGAAAGCGGAUUCUUUACCAAGCAGACUCGCGGGAGGAAGUGCUACACAGGAUGAUGCUUGAGGAGUACAUGGACUAUUCCGUGUGCGUCAAGGAGAAUCCCACCCGCGAAAUGGGCGCUUUACUGGGCGCCACGAGCCUGCCGAUCGUCACGGCGAAUGGGGUGAAGAUCCUAGAUCUGGUGAAUGUACGAGGACUUUCUACGAGCAGUGAGGGAAAUAUGUGUGGGAAGAAGGCCAAGAUCAUUAACAUCCUGGAGGCCUAUGGCUACAAACCUCGGAGUUCCCCCUUCCCGAACACUUCGAACGAGAUGUGGUUCUCGCUCCGAGUUCCAAGGAGCUUUGUUCAGGCCAACAUAAGCUUGGUUUGA